UGGAGCUUUUGUCUCGCGCUGUUGGUCAUCAUGUCGAGCUCGCGCACAAUGCAGUAUAUUGGUCUCCUGCUGCUCGCCGCCAUCCUGCUGCAGACCAUCGCCGUGGCCGUCACCUUCAUCUACUUCAGCAAUGUUCUGAGCACGAUGAAGGAGACGUUUUCCAAAAGCAGUGUGUCGUGUCUGAUGCGCUCGAACCUGCGAGCACUGAAAGGUUCUGACCCGAGCAGCUCGGAGGGAAAAGACGAUCCCUGCUGGCAGGUCACACAACAACUCCACUUCCUCAUUGAGAAGUCGAUGUCUAAUCGCUACCAGGAAGAAAUCUCCUCCGCAGUUAAAGAUGAAGUGUCUCGAGUUCUUCCCUCGUUAGUGAUGCAGGACCAGGACGCUGUCCCACGGCCCAAGAUCGCUGCUCAUGUUACAGGCAGUUACACACCGGACUCGGACAAGGACGUUGGAGGUGCCUCCAACAGGAAGGUGUACGGCCAAAAAAUCCAGUCGUGGGAAUCCGAGAAAGGCUUGGCUUUCCUCCAGAACGUGGAACUGAGCGACGGAGAGCUGGUGGUGCCACAGGCCGGACUCUACUACGUUUAUUCUCAGACGUAUUUCAAGCACACGCUCAUAGAGGAAGAGGAAGAAGAAGAAGAAGAGGGACGGGAGGAAGACGAGGGCGCGGCCAGGGGAAAGCCGAUGCUGCAGUACGUGUAUAAGAAAGUGGGUUCUUAUCCGGUGCCCAUCCUCCUGAUGAAGAACGCCAGGACGACCUGCUGGUCCCGGGACGCCGAGUUCGGACUGUACUCCAUCUACCAGGCGGGGCUUUUCCAGCUCGGAGGCGGAGACAGGCUGUUCGUAACCGUCAGUAACGUAAGCACCAUUGAAAUGGAUGAGAAGUCGAGCUUCUUUGGUGCUUUCUUGGUCAGCUAGGUCCAACAGGCUACAGGACCAGGAGGUUCUUUCAUGCUUAAUGGCUCCUGUGUAUCAGGUGAGUGACAGGACUCGGCUUGUUUUUACCGAGCUCUCUUUGGAACGCUGCCAGAGAUCAAAUCGUCUAUACGUGUGCUGAGCGAGUUCACCUUACUUCGCACUGAUGAUCUCUGAAAUGUGGGUGAAUUUCACUCAACUGAUUUGCUGCAAAAAACAAACAAACAAACGCUGGAAUCAGGAAUCAGAAACCCACCAGGACUCGGAGAUGACUCGGAAUUGCGUCUGCUCGGGAAGCAGGAACAGAAUAAAUAAAACGCUCAGCAAGUCGUUUGGGAUAAAAACCGACGGGUCGCAGUGAAACCUGAUGUUCUGACCUGCAAAAUGUUUUCAAUCCUGCAGGCAGACGGAGAGCGAAGUCCCGGCGCUGUGUACAUCUUUAUAUCGCAACUUUAACGAAUGAGACAAACUUUUAAAUCAUGACACAGAGCUUUAAAUCAUGACACAGAGCUUCUGUUUUUGCAAUGACGUCAUCAGACAGCGUGACAUUGUGACGUGUUGUAGAUUUGUGAUGUUAUUUCCUGUUUGUAAAACUUCAGCAUUGAAUGAAUUCAGAAACACCACAAAGACGUGAGGACAUGGCCGUACGCAGGUUUCAAAAAUACUGAGGUCCAAAAAGUAAGUUUGCGAGCGGGGUUUGGGGCAAAAAAUAUCGACUGAUCGACGUAUGUGCAUGUUAAGACGUUGGAUAAUAAUAGCUUUAAAACCGUGUGACAGUCGUGUAGAAAUGUGUCUCACCUCAGCCUGGUCUCCAGCAUCGCUCUGCUUGUGUGGUCUCUCCUGCGCUCUUCUUCUUCUCUCAGCCUCUUUUUUUAUCUCUCUGCUCUCUUUAACCUCCUCCCUGUUUCUCCUCUCUUCUUAUCUCUCUGCUUUCAGCAUAACAUUCUUUCUGUUCAUUUCUCUCUCCAUCCUCUUCUACUCUUUCUUCUCUCUCUCCAUUUGUAUUCACUUCCUGUCUCUUUCUUUGUGCCUCCUGCCGACGUGUCGUAAAAAAUAUUUGAGUAAAAUUAAAAACACCUUUAUUUAAUCUUUGUGUUUGAGUUUGCAUAAUUUUAGAUUUGAAUAAUAAAAAUGUGUCUCAAGCAGUACAGAAACAUAAGAAAAAUGUAUUUUAUACAAAAUGAUAUCUAUACAAUUGUACUAUACUGUAUUAUGACACUAUACUUAUGAAAUUAAAUUGAACCUAUAGGCUUCACUGUAAAGGAAAAGAACAUAUCUGUCUCUGUGGUAAUUAGGCCUAUAUUGUUUGACUGAGAUCAGGUCAGUUUGUGUAUAAUGCUGAUCAUAUUCUGGGCGCAGUGAGUAGUCCCCGCUCUUCCUCUCUCCUCUCCAUCAUCUUCUCUUUUUCUUUCUCUCUGUCUCAUCCUGUCUCCUGUUGCUUCCCUUCCCAAAUCUGAUGCAGUCUUUUCAUGUUCGUCUGUGUCAGUAUAGAAAGUAAACACGGGGUAAAUUGAUAUUUAUUUGCAAAUGUUCCCGGCUCUGCUAGGAUAACCGUGUAAUGAAAAUAAAAAUACAUGUUGGUACCUCAUCAUUUUAACAUGCAUCUCAACCGUACACAGACUGAUAUGAAAGAAAAGCAUGGACACUGUUUAAUAAAGCGUGUGCCAGGUGAUGUCUGACCGGGUCGGGAUGAACUACAAGUAGACGACUGGUAAAAUUCUCUAGUAACCUCAGAACACUUCGGCGGAUUCAAGUGCCUGUCCUGCCCGGUUUAUUAUCAUAGUCCAGCACAGUGGAACACAAGCCCCGCCCCCAACUUAUUUCAUUGGUCAACUCAAGCAAGCAGUCACCUGAGAAGGUCGGUUACCUUUGCAUUGUGCAAUCUUUGCAGCACCAAAGAGUUAUUAAUAGGUAAUUAUUUUAUGACUUUUAAUAUACACUUCGGAAACAAAAAUCAAGGUUUGGACCUCAGUGACCUCAACGAUGGAUCCGGCGAGUGUGAGGAAACUGCUAUAUAAAAUCAGCUCCGAUUUCUUCUUUACAUUCUGACACUUUUCUAUAAAAACAACUUACAUUCAAUUUUAUUUGUGUAGCACUUUUAACUCUGGACAGCGUCACAAAGCAACUUUACAGAAAUAUAUAAAAUCCAGACUUCUUUACGAGCCUUCAGCAUCAUCACUGCGUCGAUGUGUGUUUGUUUAUUUGUUUAUUUAUGGAUAAAUCCAAAGAAAAUGAUGAAAAUGAGCGGGUUAGAGUUAGUGUGAAAGAGCCGAGUGAUUUUUCUCCAAAUCACACUGAGAAAUCAGCUGUUUAUUUUUACUACAUGAAAACAAAUUUUUACUCAAUUUACACUGAAUAAAGUCUGGUGUGAACUCUG